CCAAAUUCAAAAAGUUCGUCUUCGUCCCACUGUCUUCUCUCCGAAGUUGGAUUUCCAUGGUUUCCCUCUCACCAUCUCCUCCUCGCCUCAGUCCUCACCCUUCGCCGCCUGUCUUCCGCGCGUCGCUAUCCUAGUCACCGCUAGUCAGUUUACGUCAGCCACCUCGACGCCAGUUCUCACCAGUUUUCGCCGCACCUAUCCUCCGUCUCGCACUCUCUUCCCUCCGCCCCUCCUCCUUCCGAAGCUCCUACUAUCCCGUCACUGGCAAUACGAUCGGCUGAACUUCUCGCUCUUUGUUCACUUCGUUUCAGCCGGCCUGAAAUUAAGCUUGCAUUUUGUUGCAAACUUCUCCAGCUAGCAAGAGUACACCGCAGUGGCCAGCGAGGAAUAACUGAACAAGUAGAAGAUGGGUUGGAACUACCCAGGAAUAUCUUUGGAGGAGAUGGUCAAGCUCAUAAAAGGGUUUGUAGAUAUAUUGCUUCUGGCAUCUGGGUAUCUGUCAACUGGGCUUUUAGCUGAUUGGGACUCCCACAACAUAAAAAAAGCGUUUCAGUGGGCUUCCUUCUUUCAGAAUGUGCUUACUGAUAUGAGCAGCACUGACGAUUACCAAGAUUCUGUGAAGGAACUUAAAGCAGCUCUCUGUCACCUGAAAUCUGAUACAUCUUUCCCUGAGGGUCUUGCAAGUAUAUCCUAUGCUUCCCUUCUGCAUGCUAAAGAUUUUGUCUUGGAACAUCUAUGCGGAUGCUUGCCGUUGAGGAACUUACAUCUCCGAGCUCUUCUAUUAGCAAUGGUUGAGGUGGAUCUGGAAAAGCUUCCUGGUGCGGAGCAUGACCGCCUCAAUACAUAUCUGAACAAAUUACAGCUUAAGAAUGCUCCUGGCACCUCAAGCGCCCAGAUUUUGGAGAAAAAUACCACUCCAACCACAAAGAUCAGAGAAUGUAGCAGAGACUUGACAAAUUUGACUAUUGAAGCGUGCCUUGCAAGGCAAUCUACCGUGUUAUCUAUCUCAAAAGUUGAGGAAGGAUUGGCUAUUCUAUCUGAUGCUUGUGGACUUAGUAGUCAGACUGAUUCCACCAGUCUGUUACUCGAGAAACAAAAGCAUAGCAGAGUCCUAAUGUCAAGUGGGAACAUGGAGCUCUUGGUGCGGUAUGAUAUGAGGAAUGGUUGGAGAUCAAAGAAUCUUUCGUACUUUUUGCACAAAAGAACUAUUAGGAUGGUUGCAGGGGCCAGCAUUAUGCUUUCUCCCCCCAAGAAUCAAUGGGAGCAAGUCUUGAAACGGUUGAUUGCAUCAACACAAUGCAGGGAUAACUGGAUACACGAAACAAUAGAACUUCUCUUACUUGGGUACAUAGCGAACAAAUGGAGCACGGUAGUCGAAUAUCUGAUGUCAUUUUCUUGUGACACAUUAACUGUCUUGAAGAUGUUUCAAGCGCUGUGCAACUUACUUCCUACGAUAAGCCAAGCUACCCAUUUCAAAGUUCAAGCAGCAAGUUCUAAGGAAACUGGCAUUCUUGAAUAUGUGGUGGAUUUACUUGGUGAUCAUCUUCAACCAUUGUGGCAGUUGUCGCCAGUACUUGUAGCAGUGGGAAUUCCAUUCUGA